CCAAUUCUCAUCAGGAAUCCCCGCUGAAAGCCAUUUUGUUUUUCAGGACUCUUUGCAAGGGUAGCUGGGGUGAAUUUGCACCAAGGCAGCAGCGUAGUCGCCGCAGUUCCAUCUUCGUCUCCGCGAUGUUGCCUUUAGCCAAAAACGCACUAAGCCGUCUCCAAGUUCGAAGUAUUCAGCAAGUGGUGGCAAGGCAGAGCCACCAGAAGAGGACACCUAGUUUCCAUGACAAAUAUGGAAAUGCUAUAUUAGCAGGUGGAGCCAUCUUCUGUGUUUCUACAUGGACAUAUACAGCCACACAAAUUGGAAUAGAAUGGAACAUGUCCCCUGUUGGCAGAGUCACCCCAAAGGAAUGGAGAGAUCAGUAGUCAUGCCAGCUGGUACAAUAAUCAAGGAAUUGUUUCAAAACCAACUCAUAAGUGAAUGCCAAGUCAAAGAAUCAUGUACUCAUUAUACUAUGGCAGAUUGAAAAACAAAUAAAGAAAUAAAGUACCUUGAAACCUUCAUUCUAGGUUUGUUUUCUUCCUUUGUAAAUGAAGCCAAGCAUGGUGACUUCUCAUUUAAGCUGUAUUGUCUCUUAAAAUGGCUCUUUACCCUAUGAGGUGGUAUGAGGGAACUCCAUGAUCAGGAAGGCACCUUUAUAGUAAGCUGAAAUUACAGAGAAUGAAGAAAUAAGCACAGAGCUGUUUUAGGAGACCACUGGGUCAUUGGCCAUAUAGGUUAUGCUUAGUGUUUUCUACCUCAUGGUUAUAUUUGGAAUUGUCAUUAACUCCCUUCUGCUUAGAGACUGGACUGUCACCAAACCUUAGGGGAUAAUGAUCCUGUAGGAGCUAGGUUUGCUGAAGACUACCACUCCUUACACUGUAUGGCAUAUUCAUCUUAAUUAGGUAUAAGUUUUCAGCAUAAUCCUUAAUCCUUAGGAUCUGUCACAUGCUUCCUAGUAAUUUAACUGUUGCUGAGGAGAUACAGACU